CAGCAGCAUCUCGAUGUGAUCUUAUUAACCUCACUUUUACUAUGGCAAUUCUCACCUGCAACGAGCUCAAAGUGGUGACAUUGCGCUGUAAUUAGCCGGUGCCAUAGGCACUCUCUCCAGUGCGGCUCAAUAUACGAACACUAUCGCUGCUGUCUGGGACCGGAAUGACGGGAACUCUCGUGCUGAAGCAAUCACGAGGUGCUAAUCAAGGUAAAGCAUCGGCCCAAACUGGCCAGCAGAGGAUGCUACUUAAGGAAGGUUUUGGCCCAGAGCAGCAGUCCGCCAGAUUACAAGCUUCUCAAACCAGCUCAUCAUGCUCUUUUCUACCGUCUACGCCGCAGCUGCACUUGUCGUGGCUCAGGUCGCCGCUCAUGGCGCGGUGACAAGCUAUGUCAUCGAUGGUGUUACCUAUCCUGGUUACACAGGCUUCUCUCCAGCUACAUCUCCGAAGACGAUCCAGCGCCAAUGGCCCGACUACAACCCGACCCUAACCGUCACCGAUAAGAAGGUCAUGUGCAACGGCGGCACAUCAGCAGACCUGGUGGCCAACGUCGCAGCCGGUGGCAAGAUCAAGGCCAUCUGGGCGCAGUGGACGCAUGAACAAGGCCCGGUCAUGGUAUGGCUAUACAAAUGCGCCGGUGCCUUUUCCAGCUGCGACGGCAGCGGCAAGAAAUGGUUCAAGAUCGACCAGGAAGGCAUGACCGCGCCCCCUCUCAGCGGCACAUCCUGGGGCACCGCCAAGGUCCUCAAGCAGCUCUACUGGGAGUCCACAGUCCCCAAGUCGCUUGCUCCGGGGAACUACCUCGUGCGCCACGAGCUGCUCGCCCUGCACCAGGCGCUGAACCCCCAGUUCUACGCCGAGUGCGCCCAGAUCCAGGUGACUGGCUCCGGCACCGCACAGCCUGGCAGUGACUUCCUUGCUACCAUUCCUGGAUACGCUGCGCAAAGUGACCCGGGGAUCACUGUUAAUACGUAUGCGGAUCAGAGCACGACGUACACGCCGCCCGGCCCGAAGGUGUGGACUGGCUAGGUGGUUGAGUUGGACUGGCACUAUGUAGCAGUGUUGUCAAUGGGUGGCAGAAUCGAGGUGUGGACAGGCUAGACUUGCUGAGUGACUGGCACCAUGUAGCAGCUUUGUCAAUGGGUGGCAGAAUCGAGGCCGAUCAUGCCUGUUCGUGGAGGUGUGAUCGAAUUCAUUAAGGUCUAU